AUCAAAUACACAAACCACAACUGCUAUAAGAGAGGUCUACCGUCGCCGAAUCCGCAGAUCGAACGGACCAGUCACCGAGGGAAGGUGAUAGCUGGUCAAUUGCUACAAGAUGAAGCUUUUAAUAUUACUCAUACUCGGCUUAGCCGUUUCGAUCCACGGUGAGACAGUUGAUGAGGCGAGCACGGCUUUAGAUGAACCUGAAGAAAGCGAUGCCUUUGAAAACGAUGAUGACUUCAACGAGGAUGAUCUCGAGGCACUUGCUGAUCCCGAUGAACUCGAAGCUUUAGAGGAGGCCGAUAUUGAAGAGAAGGAUCCAUAUGUCGUUCAGUCCAUCCAGUACUACUGCAGGUUCUGCAAGAUCUGCAAUGCUUGCAAGAGGGCUGGGAGAUGCUCUGGCGGUCUCAUGAGAAAAGCCUGCAAACACUGCAAGUAUUGCAACCCAAGAACCUACUGGGAUCUUGUUAGGCGAUUUCGUAUACGCAUAAGACUGCGACGCGUCAGAUUGAGAAGAUGGGGAGGCAGACGCAGACGUAGACGCAGACGCCGGGGUUAAACUGUGUGGCUUGUCAAUGCGAACACCUUGUAAUGCUUUUGACUUGAUCACUUAUGUUUCGUUUAAAGUUUUUUAUAUUUUCAAUAAUCGUGUACUACGGAA